AUGAUGGCGACGACAAGUCCUACCCGAAGCGGCGUGAGAAUUGUGGAGGUGGGACCGAGGGACGGUCUGCAGAAUCUCAAGAGCCAUGCUUCGACAGAGAUGAAGGUCGAACUCAUUCAACGCCUGAGGAAGACUGGACUGAAGACGAUCGAACUGACUUCGAUUGUCUCUCCAAGAGCUGUUCCUCAGCUUGCCGACUGCAGAAGGCUCUUGUCCACCAAGGGUAUUCAAGACCUCCAGGAAGAUGACGAGCUACGACUUCCGGUCCUGACGCCCAACAUGAAAGGAUUGGACAUCGCCAUGGAACAUGGAGUGAAGGAAGUUGCCGUCUUUGUUAGCGCCAGCCAAGGUUUCAGUAGAGCCAACAUCAACUGCAGCGUUGGAGAAGGACUGAGUCGCGCCCGAAACAUCUGUGAACGGGCAGCCAUGGAACAUAUUGCGGUUCGAGGAUACGUCAGCUGCAUCUUCUCCGAUCCAUUCGAUGGACCAACCCCACGGCAAAAGGUCGUUAGCGUUGUGGAGGAACUGUUGCAGAUGGGCUGCUAUGAGGUCAGUCUGGGCGACACCUUGGGUGUGGGAACAGCGCUCGAUGUGCAGGACCUUCUGCUCUGCCUGUCCGAAUCCGGGAUUAAUAUGGAACGUCUGGCCGGUCAUUUUCAUGAUACGUACGGUCAGGCUGUUGCCAAUGUCUGGGCUGCUCACCAAUGCGGCCUCAGGGUCUUCGAUAGCAGUAUUGCUGGAUUAGGCGGGUGUCCUUACUGCCCUGGUGCCAAGGGUAAUGUCGCAACCGAGGACCUGAUCUAUCUUUUCGGCCGGGCAGGAGUCGAGACCGGUGUCGAUCUGGACGAGAUCGUCGAGGUCGGCCAUUGGAUCACGACAAUGCUAGACAUAUCGAACGAAAGUCGAGCCGGCAGCGCGUUGGCUGCCAAACGCGCGUUGUCGCCGCCCAAAUUCGAGUACAGCAAGCGUGUAAGGGAAUCCUGGAGUACUAUGCUUCCCAAAGAUGGCAGCUUAGGCAUUGAAGUAUCCGGCACCAGCAUUCAAAUUCUGUGGAAACAACUAGAUUCGCUGUGGAACGGUCGAUAUGGGCUUCCUCGUCCUCUGGUAUAG